UACACGGCACUCGUGUAUGCUUAAACAAGUGUUUAUUUCCAUUGGUAUAUCGGGGUGGUUCUGUAUCUGUGUUUCUUCGUUUUGGUGGAGGCGGGCGUUGUCGUGUGUAUAUAACGCCGGUCCGCCACUUGUUAUAAGCAUCAACAAUGGAGGUUGAGGAGACAGCUAAAACGGUAUUAUGCCUCUUGACUAACCCUGAAGGCGCUCCUUUGAGAAAUCCUAUGUAUCUACCUCAGAACGCCGGUCCUUUGCAACUUCAACAAAUUGUCAAUACGCUUCUAGGGAAUGAGGAGAAAUUGCCAUACAGUUUCUACAUAUCAGAUGAGGAACUUAUUGUGCCUCUUGGAACUUACUUGGAGAAAAACAAAGUUUCGGUGGAGAAGGUAGUGUCUAUAGUUUAUCAACCUCAAGCUAUUUUUCGGAUUCGUCCUGUCAGUCGCUGUUCAGCAACCAUUUCUGGUCAUGCAGAAGCUGUGCUGGCUGUUGCCUUUAGUCCUGAUGGGAAACAGUUGGCAAGUGGUUCUGGUGAUGCCACUGUUCGUCUUUGGGACCUAAACACUCAGACCCCGUUGUUCACCUGUACAGGACACAAGAAUUGGGUCCUUUGUAUUGCAUGGUCACCAGAUGGUAAGCAUAUUGUAAGUGGGAGUAAAGCUGGGGAACUUCAGUGUUGGGACCCACAAACCGGAAAGGCAUCUGGCAAUCCACUUAUUGGCCACAAGAAAUGGAUUACUGGUAUCUCUUGGGAACCUGUACACUUGAAUGCUCCUUGCCGUCGGUUUGUGAGUGCCAGCAAAGAUGGGGAUGCUCGUAUCUGGGAUAUCACUUUAAGGAGAAGUGUCAUAUGUCUCAGUGGCCACACACUUGCUGUAACAUGUGUAAAAUGGGGUGGAGAUGGUGUGAUAUAUACUGGCUCCCAGGAUUGCACUAUCAAAGUUUGGGAAACUAGACAAGGGAAGCUCAUUCGUGAACUGAAGGGGCAUGGACAUUGGGUUAAUUCUCUGGCACUUAGCACUGAGUAUGUUCUUCGCACUGGAGCUUUUGAUCAUACUGGCAAACAAUAUUCAUCUCCAGAGGAAAUGAAGAAGGUUGCUUUAGAAAGAUAUAACAAUAUGAAAGGCAGUGCCCCUGAAAGGUUGGUUUCUGGGUCUGAUGAUUUCACCAUGUUCCUCUGGGAACCUUCUGUCAGCAAGCACCCUAAAACUCGCAUGACGGGUCAUCAGCAGCUUGUAAAUCAUGUCUACUUUUCACCUGAUGGACAAUGGGUGGCAAGUGCCUCUUUCGAUAAAUCUGUUAAAUUAUGGAAUGGCAUUACUGGGAAAUUUAUUGCUGCAUUUCGUGGCCAUGUUGGGCCUGUCUAUCAGAUCAGCUGGUCUGCAGAUAGUAGGCUUCUAUUAAGUGGCAGCAAAGACUCCACCCUCAAGGUCUGGGAUAUUAGGACUCGCAAGCUGAAGCAAGACCUUCCAGGCCAUGCAGAUGAAGUUUACUCUGUUGAUUGGAGUCCAGAUGGAGAGAAGGUAGCUUCUGGUGGUAAGGAUAAAGUGUUGAAGCUGUGGAUGGGCUAGUCUAGCUUUGCCAAUAUGAGUUCCGGGGACGAUGAUGUGUUGAUAUUUGGCGGAUUUCAUGGAAAUCAAUGGUGAAGAUUAAAUUAAAGUUGAUAUUGAAGAAAGUAGAUCAUCACCACUUCGGAACUCGAGAGUCGGAAGUGGAGUAACCAUUGAUUUACUACACUGCUAAAGAAGCUGAUAGUCACUGGCUCUUCUUGUUCAUGGGACCUGUGAAGUAUAAUUAUAGAGUAGCUACCACAAUUUUGGCUUCAAUAUUUCUUUGUUCAUGAUAAACCUUCAUGAUUAGUGAUUAAUUUUGGAUGUUAUCGAGUGAGAGUAAAAUUAAAGUCAAUGAACUACACGUUGAGGAAUCUUGUAUUGCUAGACAUACGAACAGGCAUGCAAAAUGACGUUUAUUUAAGGCUAUUGAGUUUUUGAGACGAUAACAAUGCCAUGUGCUCUUGUGUGUGGUAUUUUAAUGAAUAUGAUAAUACAGUGAUUGAUUGUCGGGCUGGACAGCUUA